AGGAAAAAAAACAAGGACAACGAUUACCCCAGUGGUGGCAGCAACGUGCUCAACCGCGUAAAUUCACCACCGAAGAAGAAAAGGCGGAAGUUACCAACAUUGCUGCGUUGGCUAGCUUUAUCAACCCUUUGCAGCCGUGAAAAUGUGCAAAGUGAGGAUGCUGCGGGAGCUGGUGAAGCAGCGACUAAACGUGGCCGUCGAGGAGAUCUUCCAACUCUUCGAGAGAACCAUCGCGGACUACGAGGAGGAACUUUGUCGAACCAAAGAGGAGAACGAGCGACAACGCGAACUACUGGACGCGGUUCUCAAGCCACAAGUUGGAAUACACGCGUCGGACAUCCAGCAAGUGUUGGUGGAGAGUGAAGAAGAGGUUCCCUCUGAGCAGCAGGAGGAGCCAACAGAGCCCCUUCAUGUCAAAGAAGAAGACGAGGAUGAGGAUGAGUGGACCAGCUACGGCGUCGAGCGCGAAGACGACAGUGCGCCUCGUGGACGCGGAGAGGAGAACCGAAGCGGCAUGAGCUGGGAAAUUGAAGCAAAAGCAGACGUGGACGACGACAUCUCCGCCUCUUCCGCCACCGAACUCAUUGCCGACGCCAAAGACGCAUCAUCGCAAGCGGCCGCGCCCGCGCCGCACUCCUCCGAGACGGACCCGACACCCAAGACCCCCAGAGGUGACCCGACGCAGCCCGCCGACAACGCGCAGUUCAUCUGCGCCGAAUGCGGCAAAACCUUCAGCCUGAAGGGGACGCUGAAGCGCCACAUGCGCACGCACACCGGAGAGAAACCCUUCAGCUGCGCGGUGUGCUCCAAAAGCUUCUCCACCAAGUCCGACAUGAAGACGCACGUGGAGACGCACUCGGGCCAGAAGCCCUUCGGCUGCACCGUCUGCGGCGAGACCUUCACGCUCAAGCAGUACUUGAAGAUCCACAUGAAGCGCCACUUUGCCGACAAGCCCUUCAGCUGCACCGUCUGCGCCAAACGCUUCUUCACCAAGGCGCACCUGAAGACGCACAUGAGGACGCACACGGGGGAGAAACCCUUCAGCUGCGAGGUGUGCGGCCGCUGCUUCUUCUGCAAGCGGGACGUCAGGACGCACAUGAGGACGCACACCGGGGAGAAACCCUUCACCUGCCCCGUGUGCAAUAAAGGCUUCUCCACCAAAGCGUACGUCACCAUGCACAUGAGGACGCACACCGGCGAGAGACUCUUCAGCUGCGACGUCUGUCACAAAAGGUUCACCUUUAAGACGCAAGUUAAUAGCCACGUGUGUAUCGGGCAGAAAAAAAAGCAGUAA